GGCAGCACCACGUGUACCGUGUUGACUGUCAAAGUCUGAGGGAACCCUGUACCCGGAAGCCGGAGUUGAGAGAGGAGUUUCCGAGCCCGUGAGCCCCCCGAAUCAGCGACUCCCCCCGCCAUGAGUGCCCCGGGAGUGCUGUCCUUCACGCAGCAAGGCUGGGAGCAGGUACUGGCCAAAGUGAAGCGCGCUGUGGUCUACUUGGACGCCGCCUGCGCCGAGAGCCUGCACUGGAGCUGCGGGUCUCCCCGGCUCCUGGAAGCCGUGGGGAGUCCUGCCUGUCACCUGCGGGAGUUCGAGCCCGCCGCCCCGGGAGGCGGAGCGGAGCAACCCAAGGCCGUGUUCGUGCUGAGCUGCCUGCUCAAAGGCCGCACCGUGGAGACUCUCCGCGACAUCGUCUGCCGCAGUCACUUCCAGUACUGCGUGGUGGUCACCGCCGUGAGCCACGCCGUCCACCUCACCGCUAACCAUGUGCCGGCCGCGGCCGCGGCCGAGCUGGAGGGGCAGCCGGUGUUCGAGCAGCUGGAGGAGAAGCUGUGUGAGUGGAUGGGCAACAUGAACUACACCGCCGAAGUGCUGCACGUCCCGUUGUUGCUGGCCCCCGCUGCGCCCCACCUUGCCCUGACGCCAGCUUUUGCGUCCCUUUUCCCGCUGCUCCCCCAGGACGUAGAGCUCCUGAACAGCGCUCGGCCCGACAAGAAGAGGCUGGGUGGCCUGGGGGAGGUGGAUGCCAGUGCCCUCCCCCCGGAGUUGUUGCUGCAGAUCAGGUGCUUGGUGUCAGGCCUCAGUUCUCUGUGUGAGCAUUUAGGAGUCAGGGAAGAGUGUUUUGCGGUGGGUGCCCUCAGUCGUGUCAUCGCUGCAGAUCUUGCCAAUUUUGCCCCUGCCAAGAACAGGAGGAAGGCCGCCACAGGCAGGGCAUCGGUGGUCUUUGUGGACAGAACGUUGGAUCUGACAGGAGCAGUGGGACAUCAUGGAGACAACUUGGUAGAAAAGAUCCUAUCAGUGCUCCCGCAGUUUCCCGGCCACACCAAUGACGUGAUGGUCAGCAUGGCCGGGCUUACGGCCCUCCAGGCUGAAGAUGAGAAUCAGAACAUGGUCGCACCAGGCUGUCUGGCACAAUCUCAUGACACAGCAGCCCGAGCUCUGUGGGACGCCUUGCUGAACACCAAGCACAAAGAGGCAGUGAUGGAAGUCCGGAGACACCUAGUGGAGGCAGCCAGCAGGGAGAACCUGCCCAUCAAAAUGAGCAUGGGGAGAGUAACUCCGGGUCAGCUCAUGUCCUAUAUUCAGCUCUUCAAGAACAACCUCAAAGCGCUUGUGAAUCACUGCGGACUCCUGCAGCUUGGACUGGCCACGGCUCAGACUCUGAAGCACCCACAGACUGCCAAGUGGGACAACUUCCUGGCCUUUGAAAGGCUCCUUCUCCAGACCAUUGGGGAGUCAACAAUGGGAGUUGUGUUAAAUCAGCUGUUGCCCUUGAUUAAACCUUUGAGCCAGAGGACCAGUGAUGACUAUAGCCCCGAAGAGCUCUUGAUCCUCCUCAUAUAUAUUUAUUCUGUCACUGGAGAGUUCGAAGUGGAUAAUGAUCUGGAUGAAGCAGAAGAAAAAGUGAAGAAAGCUUUGGCUCAAGUCCUUUGUGAGGAGUCUGAACUGUCACCUUUACUGCAAAAAAUUACAGUUCUGGGAAAUGAGGCACUGAUGAGAUGGAAAGAAGAUGAAGUUUCCUCAGAAAGGAACACUUCUUUGCUUCGAGUACAGCCUGUUUGCUAA